AUGAAUUUGGAAAUUGAAGAAAGUGUCUAAAAAAUUAGGAGAAACAGUCUUGAUAGAUCAAUAUAAUAAGCUUCAAAUUCAGACUUUCAAACCCAAUAAAUAGCCACCUUACAACCAAAUCCUAUUUAGAGAAGCAAUAGCUAUGAUAAUAUCCGAGAUCUGCAAGCCAGUUAAGCAGGAGAUAAUAAAUCUAAUUCUAGCUUAACAGAAUAGAGUUAAGUGAAAAAGAAUAUUAGUAGAGAGGACUAAAUUUAAAAUGAAGGAAAGAAUAAAUUGACAAACCUUUUUUAGGACACUUAGAAAGUUAUUUCUCAAAUAGAUAAAAUAUCAGUCUUGAUUGAAAGCCAAAAAUUGCUAAGAAAACUUCAUUAAGAGCUAGAAAACCUAGUUCUGAGAAAUAAAUCUCUUCGUAAAUCUGAGAAUAAACCAAUAAAUUCAAAUGCAAGGUUUAAUAUUUAUAAAGUAGCAAGAUAAUCUUCUAAGUCCAGAUCAAGAAGUAGAUCAAAAGACAAAAAGAGAUAAUCUAAAGUUUAAUCCACUUUCUGCUAUUCUCCUUCACAUAGAAGCUAAAAAAAAAUAUAUGGUAGCAGUAAUAGCAUUAAAUACAGUGGAAAUAUCUUCAAACAUAAAAUAGAAGAUGAGUCCAAUAACGACUCAUAAAGAAAUACUGCAUGUUAUUCUGGAUAAGAUUUUGAUAAAGAAAAUAUUUAUAUCACUAGUAGCAGUGAUAGCAACUCUCCUUUGAUUACUCGUCACAAUACUAUCGAAGAUGAUGAGCAAAUUUUAAAUAGUAAGCUAGAAAAAAUGAACUUUAAAAGCGAAUAUUCCCCAAAGUUAAGAAGGAGAAGCUAACUUUACGAUGAUGAAUAGAAGAGAAAGAGUCGUAAGGUAAUAUUCUAUCUCAACAACUUAGAAGAAAAGAGUGAAGAAGAGGAAGAUUAAGAUUUGAAUAUUUAAAGUAGCUAUAAAGAUAAGGAAAAUUUAUUUACGAAAAAAGACUCUGUUAAGAAAAGAGAUGAUUCGUAUGAUUAGCAUAAAAAAAAACAUGAAAUAGAAUAACUUAAUGAGAUUUUAAAAAACCUUUCUAUUGAUAUCUAAAAUGAAGUUAUCAAAGCCUAGUAAUAAAAAUAGUAAUAAAUUUAAUCUGAGGAAGAUUAGCAUAGUACUUAAGAUUACACUUUAAACUAAUCCAAUAAUUUCAAAGAAUAAUCUAUAAAUCAAAUUGAAAAUAAUAUAAAAUAAAAUAAUCCCUCUGAAUCAAUAGGAGUGGCAGCUUAAUAGAUUUAACCAUCUCUGAACUACUCUCCUCAAAAAUAUAAAUUUAAAUCAGUAGAAGCAGGUAUGGGCUAUGUCAUAAGAAAGUUAUAAAAUCUCUGA